UUGCCCCUGACUCCUUCAGCAGAGGGAUACACGACCACACACGGCAAACAAUGGAGGCGUCGCUGACCGCGGCCGCCGCCGCUACCUCGUCGUUUCCGCCGCAAAUCCGUCGCCGAAUCAUCAAAUUCGACCCGCUCGUGCUCCCUAGGCGACCCCAAUUCGGGGACUCCAAGAUCUGGACCGCCAACUUCCGGGGACACCUGGCUGCGGCCUCGGCAUCCACGCCGCCGCCGCCGGGAGGCGGCCUGUACCCGGCGGCGACCUACGAACUGACGCCGGAUAACGUCGACCGCGUCCUCGACGACGUGCGCCCCUACCUCAUCUCCGACGGCGGCGACGUGGCCGUCGUGUCCGUAGAGGACGGCGUCGUCUCCCUUAGGCUUGAAGGGGCGUGCAGCAGUUGUCCCAGCUCGACGACGACGAUGAACAUGGGCAUCGAGCGAGUGCUCAAGGAGAAGUUCGGUGACGCCAUCAAGGACAUCCGCCAGGUGUUCGACGGGGACCAGCAGCCGGAGGAGACGACGCCUGAGGCGGUGAACCGGCACCUGGACAUACUGCGGCCGGCGAUCGCGAACUACGGCGGGAGUGUGGAGGUGCUUGCCGUUGACGGCGAGGACUGCCUGGUUAAGUAUGACGGCCCAGAGUCCAUCGGGAGUGGAGUGAAGGCAGCCAUCAAGGAGAAGUUCCCCGACAUCACGAAUGUGGUGUUCACCCAGUGAUCUACAGGUAGGCUGGCCGGCUUGAUGCCAUCCCAGUGCAGUAAAAUGGCGACAUGUACGAAAUGCAGCGAGAUUUUGUUUCGAUGUAUUGUCUAGACAAGAGUUUCGAUGUUUCGUUUGGGUAGAAAAAGUUGCAGCGCACGCAAACACUACGAUGGAAAAUGAAAUGGAAUAAUUUCUGCAUUUUGGAUA